AUGGCUGCCGCUGUCGUGAUCUCGAGGGACGUGGCCCCAGGCAUGGCUGGUAUGGAGGACAAGCCCGAGCUUGUGGAUGAUGUCGACUACGACCAGGAAGGCUACGACACGCUGUACGGCAAUCCGCCGGGCUACCACAAGGAAGACGAUGCCACGUUCUGCCUCGACGGCUUCCCCGUCGAGAACGCGUACUGGUGCGAGGGGAGGGUGGAAUGCUUCCAGACGAUGGGCAGACUGACUCUUCUGUACCGCCUCGAUCCGGAGGAUCGGAUGGCUUCCUGA